AAAUAAUCAUUUGGCCCUCGCCAAAUAAAGACUGAAAAAUCAUCGCAACGUAAUUGCGUUAACAUGUAACGUCAUUUUAACAUGUAAUUUUAACUGGAGGUUUUUGAGAUAUUGUACAAGACAUUUGCGAUAUUAGUGAACAUCUACAAUGUUUCUUGUUUUAGACAUUGAGUUCGGAGUAAUGAUGUUAAUAUAUGUAAAAAAUAAAUGUCUUGCUAAUAUUUUGUAAAAUGAUUAUGUUGACAUAGUGGAGAAAGUUGCAUGAUACUUAUGAAAUAUUAUAUAUUUGAAUAUAUAAUAUAACCGGAAAGACUCGAAACGUAACUGAUCAGCCAUCAUCAAUUCUUCAUUGACCAAGUUUAAAUUUUGUAACGGUCGUGUACGUAGAUGGAUCCAGUUUACUUUUACUACACCUAUUCUAACCUUCUGUGUUUAUAUUUAUGAUCUCUGAUUGUGUUAAUUAAAUUGUAUCCUUUCUUAUAUCGGUUGCGCUGAUGACAGGCUUACUCAAUUGGUAUUCACAAUAUCACAAUAAGAACCAAUGAUGGAGGAUACAAAUGACUUACUAAUAUGUGCUUCGGAGUUCAUAAAAGAGCGAUUAUAUUUUAUAACAUUGAGGACGAUGAUAAAACCAAAGAGUACUCCAAACAUCCAUUAUUUCAGUAUUGAUGAUGAAUUGAUCUAUGAAAAUUUUUAUGAUGAUUUUGGUCCAUUAAAUCUUGCUAUGUUGUAUCAUUAUUGUCAAAAGGUCAAUAAAAAACUCAAAGCAGUAACACUAAGAAAAAAAAAGAUCGUACAUUAUACAACUAUGGAUCCAGCAAAGAGAGUCAAUGCUGCUUUUCUCAUAGGAAGUUAUGCAAUAUUAUAUUGUAAAUGCACAGCAGAAGAAGCAUAUAAUUGCUUAACCAAUAGUCCUGACAGUCCAUCGUUUAUAAUGUUCAGAGAUGCAUCUGUUGGUACACCAUGGUUUGAAAUAUCUUUAAUUGAAUGUCUUAGUGCCAUAUAUAAGUGCCACAAAUUUGGAUUUUUUAAUUUUCAAGAUUUUUGUGUUAAAGAAUAUGAAUAUUUUGAAAGAGUUGAAAAUGGAGAUUUGAAUUGGAUUGUCCCUGGUAAAUUUAUAGCAUUUUGUGGUCCUUACGCUAAAUUUAAAAUAGAAAAUGGAUAUCCAUUUCAUGCACCAGAAUCAUAUUUUACAUAUUUCCAUUACAACAAUGUAACUACGAUUAUACGUCUUAAUAAAAAAAUUUAUGACGCUUCAAUCUUCACAGAUGCGGGAUUUGAGCAUAAAGAUUUGUUUUUUCUUGAUGGUUCAACUCCAACAGAUUCAAUCAUGCGGCAAUUUCUUAAAAUAACAGAGAAUGCAAGUGGUGCUGUUGCUGUACACUGCAGAGCAGGACUUGGCAGAACAGGUUCACUUAUCGGUUGUUACAUUAUGAAACAUUAUCAUUUAACAGCUCAUGAAACAAUUGCAUGGAUACGAAUAUGUAGACCAGGUUCAGUAAUUGGGCAUCAACAGGAAUGGUUGGAGAAGAAAGAAGCAUAUCUUCAUUCGUUACUAAAAGAGCCAUUACAACCACAGAAUGGAAAUCCAAUUCAUGAAUAUGGGAUAUAUUCUAUAAUUGGUAGACCGAAAACAUCAUUUUUAGCUCAUUUAAAAAGUGCACAUGUCAUGCAAGAUAAUGUUUCGGGAAUUAUGCAUUGUGUAGAUGGAAUUACAUUAGAUGAUCAUGCAAGCACUAGCACGACUAAAUAUACAACCUUAUCUCAGGGUGAUAAAUUGAAUCAAAUUAAAGCUAAAAGAAAACGAUUACCAGCAAAUCAUACUUUACUUAAUAUAACUACUAGACCAUCAACAGUAGUGAAUCCUUACUUAAGAUCAUUAUUGCAAACAAAAACUCAGAAGAAUACAAUUAAUACAUUAACUGGAAAUAAAGAAAAGGAUUCUGCAAAAAGACUUCUUCCCAGAUCUACUGCUACAACUAUUGUUAAAAGUUGGCUAGUCAACAGUACGUGUGAACCAUCUUCGCCUCGUGCUAAGUCUACUAAACCAACAACACGACUCCAUAAUAACAACAAUACAUCUUCCACUACUCGUCUUACUACAAUGUCUGUAUCAAAACCAGUGACAAGGGCCAGUAUAAAAACUUCUUGUAUCACAGAAACACAAACUACAAAUUCGUCUGCAAACAAUUUGAUUACACAACCGCAGCGAGGCAUGAAUAUGAUCCUCAGGUCUGCAGAUCGAGUAAAUCGCUAUCAUUCUCUAAGACAGUAAGUCUCUAUAACUGUUACUUUCAAAAGGUUAAACAAAUUAAGUAACAGUUAUAUAGCUUUUAUUAUAAGUAAUUUUUGACUUGCAUUUUUUAAAUGAGUUUUUUGUGUAUUAUACUACGUUUAAAAACAACUAUACUUAUUUUGCAAUUUCUUAAAUUUUAAACACAUGUAUUAUAAAAAAUUUUAAAUCUAAUACUAAAAAAUCUUAUAUGGCUAUUUUAUAUAUUAUCUAUUUUAUGUGGCAAUCAUCAAUUUAUUGUACAUAUUUGUAUAUAAAAAGAUGUAAAGAUAAUUUGUCAUUACAACUUGCAUGCAGCUUGAAUGUUUUAUUGAUCUAAAUAUGCAUGUAUUGACAAGAAAUGUUUACUUUAAAAUAUACAAAAGUAAUUUUUUGCAAUGCGUAAAUAAUUUCUCUAAUUCUUUUGGAAAAAUUUCAAUUUUAAGACAAAUUAAUUUUUAAUUUUUUUGUAUCUUUUAUGUCAUUAUUCUCAAUAAUAAUCAAAUGACAGUAUAAAAAUUAAGAUUAGAUUUUAAAUAUAAUAUAUUCGUUAAUUUCUAUAUACAAGAAUUUUUCGUUGAAUUACAAAAUAUUUAAACUUAAACACUACAUGAAUCUAAAUUUAAAAUACAAUCAUCAUUUUUAUAUAUAGAAUCCAUAUAUAA